AAUCCUUCCUCAAACCUCAGUCUUCUCCGCCGGAAGUCCUUUUCAUGUUUCCUCGUCGAACCAGGUAAUAAGAGCAGGAGAUACUGAAAUGGAGUUGGCAGAUCGAGCAGUUGGCUUCCUAUUGUCAUUUAUCAGCAUAUUCAUAUUUACUUACUAUACAUUUUGGGUGAUCAUCCUGCCAUUUGUAGAGAGUGAUCAUUUCAUACACAAGUAUUUCCUACCUCAAGAGUAUGCCAUACUGAUACCUGUGUUUGCCGGUGUGGUGCUUCUAUGUUUGCUGUCCAUCUUUGUUGGGUUCGUGGUGCUUAAGUCCAAAAAGAAGAAGGCAUGAUGGCAAUACUAUUUCGAUUCAUGAACCAUUUCUUUUUGACAUUCUAUUUAAGACUCGAUUGUCGGUUUUUUGCAAGUGGGCAGCCGACUAGAUUGUGUUUCUGUGCCACCACCAGUGAUAUUCUGACUACAUGCUUUCAGCUGUAAAUCCAAUUAAAUCCAUGGAACCCUGUAUCUUCAUUCUUAAUCCAAUUAAGGCCCUGAGUUUUC